ACAGCCACAAACGCGUAGCCACAAAGCACUAGUAAACUUCCACUACUACAGUACUACACAAUAGUCUGUGGAGCAGGCGCACCAGUGCCUAGCUUGUGUGGAUCCCGAAAUUUCCAUCUCACAUCGUACGUCGAUGGGCAAAGCUUGGCCUCAUCGCGUGACAAAAAAUUGUACUCAGCAUCAGGAAGCUCCAAAGUGCUCUUAAUACGGUCAGAGACAGAAAUAUUGAACCGUGAGCUCGGCAGUCAUAAAUAUGCAUCGAGGUCUCCUCCCGCGGGGAACUCGGCCGUUGCGGCGCGUACCGCAUCAUGGAACCGGCCUUCGCUCAAGCUUAAACUCGUCUGCGGUCUCGGAGACGCCGGCUCAUGUGAGGUUUGGCUCGACCACAAAGCCUCCAACUGCUUCAAAGCCGCAUCAAACCACGCAGCAGCAGCAACAACCCCCGCGUCACACCGUACUUGAGAAACCGGAAAAGUUCAACCCACCAUCACAUGGCGCCCGGCUGCCCAAGAAGGGAUAUGCUCCUCCCUCUCGAACAUAUGGCGGGGACCUGUCGGCCGAGCAGAUCAGGGUCCAGAAUACCAAGGACUAUCCGGGCAUGCCGCCGCCUCAAGGCUCCAUGGCACAUCGUAUCAUCCACAAUAGACGCCUACACGCUUUCAUAUCGAUUGGUGUCUUGACCAUGUUGGCCAUCUAUACCUACGUCUUGAACUUCAAAAUGACCUCACCAUAUGUGGAUAUGAUCCCUCCCUGGUCCGAUUUCUUCUGGCACCCCUUCUCGUCCAUUUAUACUGUCUUCGACGCCGUGAGGCUCACGACUCUGCACAAUUCCGCCAUCGUGGCUGCCAAGAGAGAAAAGGCUAUCGACGAUGUGCUGAAGCGCAGGAGAUACCGCAAGGCACACGGCAUCGACGAGUCGGAAGGCGUUGCUGGAUGGUUCAAGGCUGACGCGGUGGACCCUGAAGAGCAACAAGCACCUGCCACCGCCAGCGCUGCAUCGCCUGAUCAGCAAAAGGCCGUCGAGGCUUCUUCACAGGAGAACAAAGACAACGAGCCGAGGAAAAAGAUUUUGGGUAUCUUCUGAGAAGGGGCGCCAGAUACGUCGCGCCUCCAGUGAGUAGUACACAGUUCUGCCCACCCUCACACUACGAGUAGUUACUGCUCGAGUGCGUGUCAACUUUUCUACCUGCAACACUAUAAUCUCAUGACAGCUCUACAGCCUUGAGGGCGUCCAAGACUUCAUCAGCCACACCUCCCUUCUCUAGCACCUUUUGUACAAUAGCAUUCAUGACGGCCAACUUUGUUCCUCCUCUUGGCGGUUUCCAGACACCCUCCACUGCUUCAGUAUCUGUAUUCCGGCCCUCUGUUUGCUUUUGGGGCGCCAAAGCAGGCGCGGCAAUCGUGUUGGCGACAGCGGUGUCUACAGCUGUAUCAUCUGCUGCUCCGGAGGGCGUCAACCUUGAAGGAGGGUCGAUGACGCGGAUGGAAAGCAGGCGGAGAUUCCGGGCUCCAAUGCUCAAGGGCUUCACCGCCCCUGAGUCGACGUCCAUAUCGUCCAGAGAAUUCGCUGCCGUCACUGCUGCCUCGGUGAUUGAAAUGGCGAUGGCUACGUCUGCCACUGCAAGCUCCUCCUUGGAUGGGUCGAAUACGAUGUUGUCGCCAACAGCAGUCACUAGAAGCGUGACUGGCGGCCGAGAGCUUGCAGCACUCUCGGCUGUCUUUUGGCGUGAGUACAGGAACGGCGAGACGUCCCAAUCGUCAUCGAAAAGAGGGUCCUCGUCGCCUUCAGAUUUGAGGCGUGGUAGCCUUGUAGCCAGCAGUGCAAGGUGCGUAGUAAGGGACAGCAAAGGUAGAGGGUAGGAUAGCGGCGGAGAUAUCAGUAUAAUCUGUGAUAAAACAUUAUUCGAUCGUUAGCUGUGUUAUCCGCAAAGAUUUUGCACACA